ACCUUAUCAAAACGUUUUACCUACCAAGAUUAUCUACAGUGGUUUUAGAAUCAAAUUUAAUCCUAAUCUAAUCAGUAAAUGAUCCUUUUACGAUUUGCAUAUUUACAAGUUAAUUUUGAAGUUAAACCAAAAGAUUUGAUUUACCUACACAACGGAAUAUGAGUGGAUGACUGGAUGCAUCAAUUAUUACGGAAAAUUUUAAAAGACGCAGUUGCCUGAAGGAUCAUCAUUUGUUAUCGUUCAUUUUUUUACACCGCUCUUUAUAUUUUACAAGCCAGAUCCGUCAUGUUUAAUCUGUAUUAAAAAAAGUUCAUAAAAAACAUACAAUGUGUAUCGUGUUUGAUUAUUUGCCAGAACAAGAGGGUCCUGCCAAACAUUUGUGGCUUCGUUUGUGGCGAACUCAACAAGAUUUAGAUAAUAUGAAUAUUAAGGAUACGGACAUCGAUGUCGAAGCCCUAAAUACCAUUAAUACUCAGAAUCAAGCAAAUAUAACAAUCAUGAACGGUAAAAGUGAUAAUAGUAACAAUUUUUUGCCGCGAAGAAGAAAAUUCGAUAACCGUGCGAGUACAAGGGGAAUGGGUCGCUAUCCUGAAAAGGUUGUAGGCGAAUUCGGCGGCUGCCCUUGGCGUAAAGAGAAUUAUAAUUACGGAAGGGGUAUAAUUGGGUGAGUAUUAAUCCCUUUAA